AGAGACGCACGUUAUCCAUUCAUUCUCUCGUGAGACGCGUCGAUAGUCGGACGUGAAUUUAACGAAUCGCGAACGCGUAGCGUGGGUAUACUUCCCUCGUUUUGUAAGCGAACCCGAAGAGUAACAAGAAAACUCCCGUUUACCCAGAAGUGGUCGCGGGUGUUGGCGUUUGGACAGUGAUAUGAAAGUGUUCAUCUAAGGAUUGGCGAAGAAAAUAAGUGAAGAUUUGUUGGUGCAGUCAAUACGUAGUCAAUUACGUUUCCAGAAGGAUUAACGAGGCGCACAAUCAUGGCAGAUCAAGCAGCACCCGCGAAGGGUAACAUUUUGGGAUCACUGGUCCCGGCCCGUUACAUUCUGGCCGUGCUUGGAUCCGUCGGUAUGGCCAUCGUGUACGGGUUGAAGGUGAACCUUAGCGUGGCAAUGGUUGCCAUGUUGAACCACUCGGCACUGGCCCACAACGCACCGAUUCACGAGGGAGCGGAGGUGCAUAACGCCGCACCGGUUUGUCAGGGAAGCAAUUCAACCGAGGCAGUUGAGGACGGACCGUUCAGCUGGAGCGAACCACUCCAAGGAACUAUCCUCAGCUGUUACUUCUGGGGCUACUUCGUGUCGCAAAUCCCAGGAGCUCGGAUCGCCGAAAGUUUCUCCGCCAAAUGGGUCAUGUUCUUCUCGGUGUUCAUCAACGUCAUCUGUACUCUGCUGACCCCGAUAUCCGCCGAGCUGCACUACGGAGCCAUGAUUGCUAUGCGUAUCGGCGAGGGUAUUGGAGGCGGUGUCACUUUCCCGGCUAUGCACGUUAUGUUGGCAUCGUGGGCUCCACCCAAUGAACGUUCGGUCAUGUCCGCUAUCGUGUAUGCCGGAACGGCCCUGGGCACGGUCAUCUCCAUGUUGAUGGCUGGCGUGCUGGCUGGAAACAUAGGCUGGGAGUCGGUGUUCUACGUGAUGGGUGGUCUCAGCUGUCUGUGGCUAUUACUCUGGGUCUGGCUUAUCCAAGACACACCUAGCAAGCAAACGCUCAUUAGCCAGGAGGAACGCACACUCAUCACCUCUUCUCUUGGAGAUGGAUCGUCUGGACACGGCGGACCAAAACCGGCCGUUCCAUGGAAGAAGGUGUUCACUUCGGGACCGUUCUACGGAAUACUGAUCGCUCACGUUUGCAACAACUGGGGAUGGUACAUGCUGCUGAUUGAGUUACCAUUCUAUAUGAAGCAAGUUCUGCAGUUCAACAUCAAGGAGAAUGCCGUCGUUACUGCUCUUCCCUUCUUGACUAUGUGGUUCUUCAGCAUGGCGUUGAGUAAGACCCUGGAUGCAUUGCGAGCACGCGGCAAAAUAACUACCACAAUCGCUAGAAAGAUUGCUACUUUGAUUGCUUCAGUUAUUCCGAUGUGCUGCCUGCUAGCCUUGUGUUACAUUGGAUGUCACCGAGGUAUUGCGGUCGCCCUUAUGGCGAUCGGUAUCACUUCGAUUGGUGGCAUGUUCUGUGGUUUCCUAUCCAAUCAUAUUGAUAUCGCACCAAACUACGCCGGUACUCUGAUGGCCAUCACCAACACUGCUGCCACUCUUCCUGGUAUCACUGUGCCAAUCUUCGUCGGUCAGAUCACGCAUGGAAACCAAACAAUUGAGGCAUGGCGCGUAAUCUUCUUCGUGACGAUUGCUCUCUACAUAAUCGAGAUCUUCGGUUACACCUUCCUUGGCUCGGGUGAGGAACAGUCCUGGAACAAGGGCGAUAAAGGCAACAAUGGUAUCGUUGAAAAUGGUGAAGCCGAAGCGACUCCACUGAACACUAAGGAGUCAAAAACCUAUACACACCAGGACGAAUAAACGUGUCAAUGCAAAGACAGCUCAUAUGAGAGGAAGUAAGCGAUAGAAUGACUCUGUCGGAACUUUUGUUUUGUACUUGAGAUUUUUUUCUUUCGUAUUAAUGCUACAAAUCAUCAGUUUAGUGUUACUUAAGUUUGAAAAUAGGUACUUACAUUUAGUCUUACAAUAAUUAAGCAUUUCUAGGAUUCUAUUCGUCAAAUGUAGACGUUGAUAAAAAUCAGCUGAUAUUAUGCAUCAUCACACGAUACCUUGAUGAUUUUGUGAAGGUGUCAUCCGAAAGCAAAAUAAACACGAAAUCCAUACCGCCGAAACGCUGCCAUAUAGUGUGUAUGCCAUGAUCGCACGCUUGAAAAGGAGUGGUCUCAUCUUUUGCCAUACCUACAUGGGAGAAGAGCAACUUCAUGAGGUGGUUUGUACUCUCGGGCACAAUCGACAGCUACUGCAAAACCGUUUUGCGGCGUGCGGAACCCACAUUUUAAUAUAUCAAGGUAAAAUAAAUGCUUUAAAUACCAUUGAAAGAACAUAUAAAUGGAGAAUGCUUAUCGUACAUAACAUAACAUAUAAUCAAUAAACAAAAAAAAUGUUAGUCCAAGCACAUCUGAAUCGAGCAAAAGUGUGUUUCGGUUGUUUAUGAUUACACCCAAUUUUGGGGCAGUAUCAAAGAAACGUGUACCAAAAUAAUGGAGUAAAAUAAAAACCAUAUGAUUGGGAAAAAAUAUGAAA